UUUGAAAUUUAACGAUGGGAUUGUCUAAGAAUGGGAGCCAGGAGCGCCAGGAGCAGCAUUUUAAAACGGUGCACGCAAGCGACGGUCGUGUUGUUUCUUAGCACGCUACGAAGUGUGCCACUGCCUCUGCUCGUCACGUCUCCGACAAAGGUAGGCGGCGAUUUCCUUUUCACAAACUCUUGCAUCCGCGCACUUUAUUUUUCACUUUCGUCCAUGUUAGGGUCCAUUAUGGCUGUUUGCUAUCUUCUGUUUGCCCCAUCUUCAAUCAGAACCAGAACCGUGGCCAAAGCCUACCCAAACGCUAGGUGGGCCUUUUGCUUGUACAACAAUUUGGGAAUGGAAACGUUUGAGGGUGUAAGACCGAAUCUGUGUUGCCUAUUAACUGUUGAUUGUUAGCAGUAUGUUGGGUAUGGUGCUCCUCAUGACAUCAUACUUAGACAACUUUGACCCAAUCACAAUUGAUUGGGGGAGGUCCUAGAAGCGUUUUAAGGAGCUGGCCGACAGCGAGGUUGAGACAGGAGGCUGUCUGAGCUCCAGCUUCUCCAUGGAAACCCAGAACCAAUCAGAUCUUUGCUUUCCAGAGCUGGCGAACAUCUCCUGCAGAAAGUCGCCCGGCCCGGUUGUUUUUUACCUCGUUCCACUAUUGAGCAUCUCCAUCCUCACUGUGGUGCUCAACCUGCUGGUCAUCACCGCAAUCUCCCAUUUCAGGCAGCUCCACACCCCCACCAACCUCCUGCUCCUCUCUCUCGCCGUCACCGACUAUCUGGUGGGUCUCCAGUUGAUCCCGAUGGCAGUUCGCAGGGCGACAUCCUGCUGGUCUCUUGGCGAUCGUCUGUGCUCUCUGUUUGUGUAUUACGUCUUAACAGUGACGUCCACGUCGGUCGGAAACAUCGUGCUGAUAUCGGUUGACCGAUACGUGGCCAUCUGUGACCCUCUGCAUUAUAACAUCAGAGUGACUGUGAAAAGAGUUCAACUUUGUGUUUGUCUGUGUUGGUUCUCAUCUCUUUCCUACUCGGGCGUCAUUUAUUACGAUCAGCUGAUGCAGCCGGGAAAGUAUCAUUCCUGCUAUGGGGAGUGCGUCAUCGUGUUUGACUUCACGACAGGAGUCGUUGACCUGGUGGUGUCUUUCCUCUUUCCGCUCUGCAGCGUCGUCAUGCUGUACACCAAAGUGUUUGUGGUUGCUGUGUCUCAGGCGAGAGCCAUGCGCUUGCACGCUCCACGCGGCAAACUCAAACACUCGCCGCCUUUCCGGGUAAAGAAAUCCGAGUUGAAGGCCGCCAGGAGUCUGGGUGUUCUCGUUGUCGUGUUUCUCCUGUGCUUCUGUCCGUAUUACGGUGUGUUUCUCGCACGUGAUUCCUUACGCAAUCACACCCUUCAAGUGUGCGUCAUCUACCUGUACUAUUUCAACUCGUGUGUGAAUCCCUUGAUAUACGCUUUGUUCUACCCCUGGUUUAGAAGAGCAAUCAAGCACAUUGUCACCCUGCGCAUACUGCAGCCUGGCUCCUGUAAGCUCAACGUACUCUAGAAUCAAUUUCAAGUGUUGUUCAUGUCAAAGUAAAUCAAUAAAAUA